UAAGCUACACUGCCUCACCCUCAUGCCAAUCCCCUUCGGGGCUCUCCACGAGAUCUCUCCUCAUUCCUCAAUCGACCUCUCCUCUUCUAUUUUCUGCUGCUGCUAGCUAGGGUUGGCCCUUGCCCUUGGAGUUCGGCGGCGGCCGGCACCUGGCUGCUGGCUCUGGCAGCAGAUCUGACGGAGCCACAGAACGGAGGGCGAAUCGGCGUCGGCGGCAGCUGCAGGGCCAUGCCUGCUGUUGCUGCACAGCCGGCGACUGUGGCAGCCGAGUGCACGGCGGCCACAGCGGGCGCGAAAUCUGCGGAUGCGCCGGAAGCAUCGCCGGCCACGGCAAGCACAAAUGCGGAGGAUGGUGAGCCAAUGGCUGGUGUCGAGCAGGUUGAACUGAUGCCGUACGCAUCAACUACGGCCACAAGAAGUUCAGAGGCUGCAGCAUCAAAGGCACCAAAAAGAUUGAAAGUUAUUGAUUUGAAAUCUUUGUGGACUAGAGCAGCAGCUAAACCCAAAUCAUCUACAGCCAGUGCCUCCACUCCAUUACUGCAAACUGUGGAAAGUAGAAUUCAAAGUGAUACCCCUUCUGUUCACUUGCAAACACAUAAUGAAAUUGAAGUGGAACCAGAAGUGGCAAGCACAGAGCCUCAAGUUGUGGGAGAUGCAACAGUAAUCCAUGAAGACCAACAUGAGGGAAUUGAUGAUGACGAUCAUGAGGCAUUUUAUGAUAUUGAUUGGCUUCCACAUGAUCCUGGGACCUGGGGAGAGGAUUGCCAUAUCAGAUUAUAAUGUUAAUGAUCAAGCUACCGUGAGAAGACGAUACAUUGCAUUGGGGCCAUAUCAACCUCGAGGACAUGAUUUUCCAAGGAAAUUUAUUGGCGGUUGGCAUCGCUUUGUACCGAGUUGGUUUGAUACCUAUGAUUGGCUUGAGUACAGUGUGAAACUAGAUGCUGCAUUUUGCUUUGUUUGCUAUCUAUUCAAGAAUAAAAUUUGUAAAGGUGGAAAUAGUUUUGUGGAUGGGGGCUUUAGUCUUUGGAAUCAAACAAGUAAAUUUGACACACAUGGUUCUUGCAAGUCUCACUGUCUCGCUCAAGAGAAACAUGAUUUAUUCUCUAGAAGUGGAACAUCAAUUGGAGAUGCUUUAGAGAAACUAACCACAGAAGAAAAGGCCAUGUACAAAGCUCGCUUGAGAUAUUCACUUAGGUGCUUGAAGUUUAUUUUGAGACAGGGAUUAGCAUGUCGUGGACAUGAUGAAAGUGACGAGUCUCUUAACAAAGGAAAUUUUCUUGAACUUCUAAAUUGGCUAGCAGAAAGUUUUGAGGAUGUUAACAAGGUUGUUCUAAAGAAUGCUCCAAAGAACUGCAAGCUGGCCUCCCCUAUGAUAAAAAAGAGCUCAUAAACUGUUGUGCCAAAGAGACCACUAAACUUAUUAUAGAAGAUCUUGGUGAUGACUACUUUGCAAUACUUGCGGAUGAAUCUAGUGAUGUGUACCAAAAGGAACAAUUAGCUCUUUGCAUACGUUAUGUUGAUAAGAAAGGAAGGGUAGUUGAGAGAUUUCUUGGUAUUGUCCAUGUGGAGAACACUACCUCGUUGACACUGAAAAAAAUGCUAUUGAGAAACUACUUAUGGAUCAUUCAUUGAGCUUGUCUAGAAUUCGUAGGCAGGGAUAUGAUGGUGCUAGCAACAUGAAAGGUGCACUUAACGGCCUAAAGAAAUUAAUUAUGGAUGAGUCGCCUUCAGCUUAUUAUGUGCAUUGCUUUGCACAUCAGCUUCAGUUAACCCUUGUGGCUGUUGCCAAAGAAAAUCAAGAUUGCAAAUGUUUCUUUGAGCAACUUGGGUUGUUGUUGGCAGCCAUCGGGAAUUCUUGUAAGAGGUUGCAAAUGCUUCGAGUUGCUCAAGCGGAGCAUGUUAUUGAAGCAUUAGAGUUGGGUGAAAUUGAAAGUGGCCGUGGUUUGAAUCAAGAAAUGGGUUUAGGUAGGCCUGGAGAUACUCGUUGGGGGUCUUACUACAAAACGAUACAACAUAUUAUUCUCAUGUAUGAGCCUAUCCGAAAGGUGCUGCAAGAAAUUGGAGAUGAUCCUGAAUACAAAGAAACAGGGAAAGCUGAAAUGGCCUUGUGUUCACUUGAGUCAUUUGAAUUUGUGUUCCUUGCACAUUUGUUGGACACCAUAUUUGGCUACACAGAUGACCUUAAUUGUGCUUUGCAAAAGAGGGAUCAAGACAUUGUCAAUGCCAUUUCUCUCAUAUAUUUGACAAAGACUCAGCUUGAGUUAUUGCGGGAGGAUAAUGGAUGGGAGAGCUUUCUUGCUGAUGUUACUUCUUUUUGUGUGAAGCGCAAGAUAGAUGUUCCCAAUAUGGAUGACAUAUACAAGGCAGCUGGAAGGUCAAAGAGGAAGUAUGUCAAACUCACAAAUUAUCAUCGUUUCAAAGUUGACAUGUUUUUAGGCAUCAUUGAUAGGCAACUUAAGGAGCUCAAUGAUAGGUUUGAUGAGGUAAACACUGAUUUGCUUAUCUAUAUGUCAUCAUUCAAUCCCAAGUAUUCAUUUGCUGCAUUUGACAAGGAGAACUUGAUGAAACUUGCUAAAUUUUAUCCCAAAGAUUUCUCAGUCACCGAGUUGAGGCGUCUAUCCUAUCAACUUGGUAAAUUCAUUAUUGAUGUGCGUGGUGAUGAAAGAUUUAGGAAGGUGAAGAAUAUUGAUGAGCUUUCAGUCUUACUUGUUGAAACAGAUAAACAUGCCAUACACGCAUAUGUGUACAAGCUUUUGAAAUUAGUGUUGUUGCUACCAGUUGCAACAGCAAGUGUCGAAAGGGCAUUUUCAGCUUUGAAUUUUGUGAAGAACAAGCUAAGAAAUAGCAUGGGGGAUCAAUACUUAAAUGAUUGCUUGGUUCCAUUUAUUGAGAUGGAAUUUUUCCUACGUGUUGCUGAUGAAGACAUCAUCUCCCGUUUCCAAAAGCCACCUCGUCGAGUUAAUUUGUAACUUUUUUAUUGUAUGGAUAAUAGAUUAAGGAACUAUUUGUAUUGUAUCAUGUAACUUUAACCUUAUUUUCAUGAAGCUCUAUCUUUUAUGUGC